AUGAAUCCACGCUCACAACAUAAGCUUAGAUCUAUUCUAGAAAGAGAAACUCCGGUGAUAUCCGUAUAUGAGGUACGCGAAAGUUUUUCAUCAUGUUCAUCGACAAGCAGUGUUUAUACAAACAUAUCAGAACCCCGAAAUGUUUAUCUGAAUACCAUUCAAUUGAAAAAUGCAAAUGGAAAAGUUUCACCUGCUUCAUCACUUCAAUCAACCGAUUCAACUGUUUUACCAUCACUUCACAAAGAAAAUUCAUCUUCAACACAGGUCAUUCAAAUACCUCCAAAGGCAAAGCAGAGAGAACCAUUCUCGUUGUCAAAAGUGCUCAUCAUUAUUGCAAUGAUUUUUCUCGGCAUAUGCGCAUUAGGAGUAGGAAUCACUACCGUUAUGUUGAUUAUUUUGCAACCAACAACAACCACCAUAAUAACCACGACGACGACAAGUACGACGAGCACGACAAGUUCCACUUCAACAACUUCUACAAGCACAACAAGUACUACAUCAACAACAAAUGCUGUGUGUUCAACUAUACCUGAUACAUGGUACACAACAUCCGCUACGAUUCCAGGGCAAUGUAUAAACUAUACAGUGGACACCGAUGCGACACCAACCGUAUUGUGUGGAUGCGAUUUCAAGGUGCAGCUGGCUCGAUGGUCGUCAAAAUACCAAUAUCCAAUAACUUUUGUGGAACAUUUUAUACAGGCUGGUACGCCGGAAACUAUCCCCUGA